UUGAGAGUCUGGGAGAAACCCCCAGCUACGUGUCGUUUCCCUAAAAUCCACGUAUUAACCCAAUCGGCCAUUUCUCACUCUCUCUCCCAGGCAAAAAAAAAAAAAAAACGAAGCUUUCUCUCUUCAAAUCCAUGUCACUUCUUCAAUGACGUAAAACAGGAGAUAUGUCCUCUUUCUAGAAAAUCAGUGGAUGCCCAAACUGAACAUUCAACAUUGAGGAGUUGGCUGAAACUGAUUCCUGCUUAAACUGAUAAUAAAGUGGGAACAAGAUGGAUGAUGGCGGGCAACAUCAAAAUGGAAGGUUUAAGAUGGACUAUUACAAGGCAGCUCACCCUCACCCUCACCCUCCAGCGUGGAAUAUGAUGUCUCAACAUCAAGUGAAGGAGCAAACUAAUGCCUUAGCAAUGAAUAAGAAGAUAAUGACCAUCCUCAUUGAGAGGGAUGAUGCCAUUCGAGAACGGAAUUUGGCACUAGCUGAAAAGAAGGAAGCCUUGGCCGCACGAGAUGAAGCAAUCCAGCAGCGAGAGAAGGCCCUAGUUGAACGGGAUAAAGCCUUGAUGGAGCGAGACAAUGCUCUAGCAGCAAUUCAAUACCGUGAAAAUGCAAUGAGCUAUCCUUUGAGUGGUGGAAGUCAGCGGGGAUCGAAGCGCAUUCCCCAUCCAGUAUACCAUUCAAAUGGCAUGUCAGAAGCUCUUGACACAGGGGAGAUGCACAUCACUGAUGCCUUGCCUAUAUCAUCUGUUACUGCUGAAACUGGGAAGGCACGCCAGACAAAGAGAUCAAAAGAAAAUAAGGCAGUUGGGUUGAAGGCAGCCAAGUCACCAAGGAAGGGGAGUAGAGUGGGCGAGGAUCUGAACAAGCAAGGUGCUUCUGAUGGGAAGAAGAUUAAAGUUGAGUGGGAUAGUCAGGAUGUGGGCUUAAACCUUAUCAAUUUUGAUGAAACCACCAUGCCAGCACCUGUUUGUUCAUGCACUGGAGUUCCCCGGCAAUGCUAUAAAUGGGGAAGUGGUGGGUGGCAGUCAGCCUGUUGCACAACCACCAUGUCAUCGUAUCCACUACCACAGAUGCCAAAUAAACGACAUGCCCGAAUUGGUGGCCGGAAGAUGAGUGGUAAUGUCUUCACUAGAUUGCUUAGUCGGCUGGCAGCAGAAGGUCAUGAUCUUGCGAUCCCUCUUGACCUCAAGGAUUACUGGGCCAGACAUGGGACAAAUCGCUAUAUCACCAUUAAGUAGAUGUUUUUCUUCUGUAGUCUUUCUUCGAUCUUAAAUUUAUCUAUGUUCUUCCUUGUAUCUCGACUGCCUUGUAACAAAACCUGUACCUUCUUGAUGGGAAGGUUGUUUCCUCGUUUCACAGUAAUCUGAUGUAAUCUCUUUUAAUAAAUUCAUCCCGUUAAAGGGGAUUUGUAAA